CUUUGAUCAAGUCAAAGGGCACAAAGGAGACAUGAAUUCUCUGCUUCUUUAGGACACAGAGUCUUUGAAAACUCAGAGAUGGCAAGGGCAAGUCUAUGGGCAUCCGUUUCACCUGGAAGCUAUUCAAGUAAUACUGAGAAGAUGGAAAAUAUACAUGAUGGUGAUGGGACUCCUAGCAGCAGCCACCAGACUGUAAAAGGCACUGCAAAAUGGGCGACCUCCUUGGAGAACUUACUUGAAGACCCAGAGGGAAUUAAAAGAUUUAGGGAAUUUUUGAAAAAAGAAUUUAGUGAAGAAAAUGUCUUGUUUUGGCUAGCAUGUGAAGACUUUAAGAAAAUUCAAGAUAAGAAACAGAUGCAAGAAAAGGCAAAAGACAUUUACAUGACCUUCUUGUCCAGUAAAGCCUCAUCACAAGUUAAUGUGGAGGGACAGUCUCGCCUAAAUGAGAAAAUCCUAGAGGAACCUCAUCCUUUGAUGUUUCAGAAGCUGCAGGACCAGAUUUUUAAUCUCAUGAAGUAUGACAGCUACAGCCGCUUCUUAAAAUCGGAUUUAUUUUUAAAACACAAACGAACUGAGGAAGAAGAAGAAGAUGCAUCUGAUUCCCAAACUGUAGCCAAAAGAGCUUCAAGAAUUUAUAACACAUGAUGUGGAGAAGAUGGAGGACUGGCAACAAUUUCUUUUUGAACUCUCAGGAAUCAUGUGGCAUGUAGAACUGCUUGAUUAUCUAUAUACGGACUAAGAAAUACGAAACCUAUUUGUGGUAUUGUGUGUAUUUUACUAAUUGCUUGAACCAUUAGUUUUGCAUGAAAGCUAACCUUGCCCAGUGUCCUUGAAGACAAAGUUUUUCCAGCUCUUCCUAAAUGACCGAGAGACUCUUUAAACAUUGAACAUGUUCAAUAUUUGUAUGGAAUAAGGUGCUUCCAAAAUUCUUGUCUUCACUUACGAUAACAGAAUGUUAGAGCUGGAAGAUACCUUAGAGAUCAUUUUUAUUACAGAUAUUCUUUUUUAUGUUUUUUUUUUA